AUGCAUUCUUCCAAAUCCCAAGCCGUCUUCAGUCUCCUCAUCACCCAAGUCCUCACAACCACCGCUUCUCCCGCCCCCGUCAAAGUCCGCGAAGCACUUGCUCCCAUCCCCUCCAACUUCAACCCCGGAAUCUUUGCCAUCCAGCCCAACAACGGCGGCGGCGCCGCCGACAACUGCGGCAAUGGCCCCAUCACUCUCAACCGCGACACAUGGACAUCCCACAACAUGGACCAACUGAUCAGCGACAUAUUCUCAACCGGAAUGAGCGAUCCCAAUUUCGAUUUCCACCAAACAUUUGGGAACCGCUACAAUGUAGAUUUCUACUGUCCCAACAGUUUCGAUAACUGCGACACUACCCCCGCCAGCUGCAGCGCGCUGAGCGGAACGCCUGCAGAAAGGAACAGGGUUGGUUGGGAAUUAAAGCGAUGAUGAAUGUGCAGCAGAUGUAUCUGCAAUGGGAAAAAGUCAUGAGUAAUUCGCUUGAUACGCUCACGCAGACGAGUGCGGAUUUUCAAUCUAACUUCGCUCCUACCACUCCUGGUGCAAAAAUCGGUGCCAAAAACGCAGUGACGGUUAUCUCCGGCGGUCUUGCCGUCGCAGCUGUAAUCGGAACUUGCUGGGUACCCGGAGCCCUCGCAUUUACUCUCCCGGUACUUGGUACACAGAUCACCGCCGGUAUGCUCACAAUUGGUACCGGUAUUGCCGCCGGAACAGCCAGUUUAGCCGGCACAAUCGCGAAUGAUAUUCAAGAUAGCAAGGAAUCUGAUGAAUUGAGCGUGUUGGAAUUUUCGGAUUACUUACCGGUGAUGAAACAAUUGGCGUUGAGCUCGCUGGAAUUUUCUCACAACGGAACGUUCUCGAAUGGACAGGUGAAUGGGAAUAGUGUGGGGACUUUGAAAGAUCUCCUCACAGGCGGUGCAUUCGCCGGCGAUGAAGUCUUACAAGCUUAUGUUGGUGGCGAGAAUGGUCUCGACGGACUUUUCUCCCGCUAUGCAGCUAUCAAGCUUCUACAAGCAUACUGGGAAGCGCAAAAUGCGUUUUUCAUCUACAUCCCAGAUGUCGUCAAAGAUUGUUCGGGAUGGCACGGUAAUACCGGUGGAAAGAAUGCUGGUGAUCCCAGAAGAUUUUGCGGCGAAAAGGGUAUGAUGAUUUUAGCAGGCGUGGACAACAACUCCAAGUUUUCUGCUCCGACGGGUAUUGAUAAUGGGAAGGUGGCUUCUAUUGGAGGAUUCAAUAUUCAACUCCAACAACUCUACGCCAGCACCUACAACAUGUACACCGGACAUGGCCUCGACGCCUACAAAGACAUCACCUGGCACAUGAACAACAUCGCACAUGAAUUCGUCGGCAACAAUGAUGCUAACAAAGCAUAUUCCACCGCUGGAUUUUUCACCUUGCCCGUCUGUGAAUUGAAAGGUUACAAUUGGAAACAGAGUGAUAACAUGCAUAAGGAUCCUCCUUGUGAUUGCCUAUGUGCCCAAGAUGCCUGGGGCCAUAAGUUUCUCGAUUAUGCUUCUCAGCCUAUCAAAGAUUGGUUGAAGAGUUGCCCACCGUGUUCUUAG